UCAGCAAAAGCAAGGCGAAAAGUAACACGGCGCCACACCACCGCACACCACACCGCCCGUCUCCAGCUCCCCACCGACCCCCCGCGGCGCCCCGCGUGCCCGAAACGCCACGCUCUGCCUUCUAACCCCCCGUUCCGGGUUUGAAUGCCGCCGAGGCCCACGCCGGCGCCGGGUCAGCUGCUGCCGCGCCCGCUGAUGCCGGGGGCCAAGAGGCCGGCCGCCCCGUGGGCGCUGGCCCUCCCGGCCGGCCGCCGCGCGCGCGCCCGCCUCUGCCUCCGCCUCGCCGCGCCGCUCUCCUUCCUGCUCCUCCUCGCGGCGUUCCUCCGCACCCAGCCCCCCGCCGCGCCGCUCGCCGCGCUGCCGCCCUCCGCGGGGCCCGGGAAGGUGGCCUUCCUCUUCCUCGCCCGCGCCGGCCUGCCGCUCGACUUCCUCUGGGACGCCUUCUUCCGCAAUGGGGAGGAGGGGAGGUUCUCGGUGUACGUGCACUCGGCGCCGGGGUUCGUCCUCGACCGCACCACCACCGGAUCGCCGUACUUCUACGGGCGUCAACUCGCGAGGGCCGUCAAGGUAGCGUGGGGCGAACCAACCAUGGUCCAGGCGGAGAAGAUGUUGUUCGCCGCUGCGCUUGAGGAUCCCGCCAACCAGCGGUUUGUUUUGCUCUCGGAUAGUUGUGUUCCUUUGUACAACUUCAGCUACACAUAUACUUACUUGAUGGGUUCACCUAAAAGUAUUGUGGAUAGUUUCACUGACAAGGCAGAGAAGCGCUAUAAUCCAAACAUGUCUCCCGUCAUUCGAAAGGAUAAAUGGAGGAAAGGAUCACAGUGGGUAAUGUUAAUCAGAAAGCACGCAGAGGUUGUUGUUGGUGACAAGCAUGUCUUUCAAGUAUUCAGAAAGCAUUGUAAGAUGGUUGUGACCAAUGCUUUGCUUGGACAAAAGCUGGUGAAUGCUAGACGACUAGGAUUUGUAUUUCGGCAAAAGCAGAUAUUGAAAGGAGCUGCCCAGGAGGAGCACGAUUGUAUUCCGGAUGAACACUAUGUGCAGACAUUAUUUUCUAUCAAAGGGCUGGAAGAUGAACUUGAAAGAAGAACUUUGACCUAUACAUCAUGGAACCAGUCAUCUUUAGAUCCUAAAGAUAAAAUGACUUGGCAUCCAACAACAUUUGAAUAUGAUGCAGCAAGUCCUGAGCAGAUCAAUGCUAUAAAGAGUAUCGAUCAUGUGAAUUAUGAGGUGGAACACAGGACCGAGUGGUGCCAAUCCAACGGCACAUCGGUCCCAUGUUUCUUAUUUGCCAGAAAGUUCUCAUACGGCGCCGCGAUGCAUCUGUUGGAGGAUGGUGCUUUUGGUCUGCUAAAAUCUGCUCAACUGCUGGUUAACUUUUAACAAAUUCUUUUGUAUAUGUACGAGCUAUCAUUUUUCGUGUGGGUGGAUCAGUUCAUAGCCAGGUCCAGCUUCGUUGGUUGCAGUAGCAUUUGCAGCUGAAGCUACUCAGCGAUGGAGUAUCAUAGUUUACUGCUAUGAUUUAGAUUGUGUAUAGAUCAUCGGAGCAGAGUAGGCUAUUGUACAGAGCAUCAUUGUUGAAGUACGGUAAUAGCAUCAGGGUGCGAUCUCCGACUGACAGACUGAGGCUGGGAUGCAGCGUCAACGGCUCCGUCCAUGACAAACAAUGAAGCAUAUAAAAAUAGAAAGGAAAAUCUGUCGCAAUGGUAUACUAUGAGAGUAGGAAAGGUGCAAUAAUAACUUUGUGUAAAUGAUCUAUAAGAACAAAACAGAAAGGAAGUUUAUUUCUUA